GAGCAGCUGGUAUUUCUCGACGAAUCAGCCGUGGAUGAGCGCAGGUUCACAAAAAUUUGUGAACCACUGACUGGCACCCGCGCCGUCCAGGAGAAGGUCUUUGGACGUUUGACACGUUGGAGUGUGCUGCUGGCAUUGACUACUGAAGGCUUGGAGGCGCUACGCAUCGUUCAGGGGUCCUUCAAUGAUGACCAAUUCGCCAAAUUCAUUAACGAGGAGCUGCUACCAAUCGUUGGUCCAUUCCCUGGUCGAAACAGUGUCAUUGUGCUUGAUAAUUGUCGACUUCAUCAUGAACCAAGGGUUGCUGAACUC